AUGAAAAGUUUAGUACAUUGGAGGAAUGGCAUGACAAUAGAUUUAAUAGACUGGAUGAAAUGGAGGAGAAAGCCAAAGAAAUGUUACAAUGAUGAUUCUAAUCUAGGAGAGACAUUUGAUGGGUCCGCAAGUUGGUGGACGCAAGGGUUGGGUCAUGGAAAUUCUAAAUUAACAUUAACGGCAUCGUAUGCAUCAGGGAAAAAUUGGGCCAACAGGGUAUUUUAUUCUGAUAAUGGGAGUACCGCCAUGGAAGUUGCAUUAAAGAUGACAUUAACCGAAAAGAAUUUGGAAGGAAGUUAUCAUGGAGAUACGAUUGGAGUGAUGAACGCGAGUAUUCCUAGUAUUUAUAAUAAGCGCGUGAAUUGGUAUUCUCCGAAAGGUGUUUGGUUUGCCCCUCCACAGAUAUUAAUGAAAGAUAAUAUAUACAGAAUAAAAAUUACCAACGGUGAUGAAAUUGGUAGGUUUGAUUCAUUAUCAGAGAUAUUUAGCGAGAGUCGAAUCGAAAAGGAUGGAUUAUCAUAUCAUUACAAGCAAAAUAUCGAAAAACGAAUACUUGAUCAUGUGAAUCAAGGAAACAAAUUUGGAGCGUUAAUCAUGGAACCAAUAGUGAUGGGUACGGGAGGAAUGAUAUUCGUUGAUCCAUUAUAUCAAAAUCAAUUGAUUAAAUCGGUUCGUUCGAUGCUCAAUAUUCCUAUAAUAUUUGAUGAAGUAUUCACAGGAUUUUGGCGAUUGGGUAGAAAAUCCGGUGCCGAAUAUUUAAACGUGAAUCCAGACAUCGCGGCUUACGCAAAGUUAUUAACCGGCGGAUUAUGUCCUUUGGCGGUUACUUUGACGAAUGAACAGAUAUUUAACAAAUUUCUUGGCGAUACUAAAGUUGAUGCCUUACUUCACGGUCAUUCUUAUACCGCACAUCCUAUCGAAGAGUGGGAUGAAUCGAACAACGAAAUGUUUAGUGUAUGGAGCAAAAGUGGUGUGAGAAAACUUUCUUGUUUAUCAAAUGUUAAUGGUGUAUUUGAUUGGACCAUAUUAUCUAUUGAAUUAAAUGAUAAAAGUGGUGGUGGAUAUGGUCUAACGUUGCCAAACUUUUCACCGAGAAACUUUCCCAGUGUCGAACUUUCACUUUUUGAUCAAGUGGCAGGUGACGAAAUUUAG